GAAGGCUCUUCCCACUGAAUCCCAGCUCAUACAGUGCCCAGUCCAUUCCCACUAUUAGUCAGUUCCUGGAUUUCUCCAAGGGGAUUCUUUGUGCCAUACUGAGGCUCCAUGGUCAGGCCUCCAAGUCAGAAGCAGUUACACCAGUCCCCGCUGUAUCUGCAUGUAGUGGUGAAUGAAGAGCUGGAAUAGAUGGAAGGAGCUUGGCGGAAGCUGGACAUCACAGGACAAAACAGCUUCAUGGCUUCUUUGACUGGCUAGAGUGGAGUUACUUCUCCUGUUCUUGAGAUUCACUACAGGACGUGCAGACAAUACAUUCUACUAAGUUGGGCCAAGCAUAUAGGGAUCUUCUUCUCAAGAAUUAGUGAACCCCAAACUUCUCUCCAUCUUGGAUUGAGGUGAACUUGCUUCUAGUGAUUCAAGUCUUUGCAAAGACCCAAGAAUGCCACAUGUCACGGAGCAACACUGCAAAUGAAAAUGGCAUAAAUCCUUCCUAUUAUCCUUUCCUCUUCUGGAUCAGUAAUGCAUGAGUUUUCAUGACACUGGGAUUAUUCAGGAAAAUGGUUCUGGACAAGAUUUGUCUUCUAAGCCUCUUCUUGCACCUGGCAGGAGCAAUUCUGGAUAUCACUCUGAUGGCCACUGUUUUGAGUCCCUCCCACACCAGUUUCUACCUCUCCUGUGUGACAGGCGAACGGAAUGCCAGCCUCCAGAUUGACAGAGACAAUAAGAUUGUCAUGAUCCCUCCCAAAUCCAAAUCCCGGAUGUACAAGAACAGCAGCAACGAGGUGCAGAUGCGAGGCUUUUCCCGGGCAGACCUGGUGGGCAUCACAUAUUGCUUGGGGAAGACCCAGGCAGAACAAACCAGGGUAGUGUAUGUACACAACAACAUGGAUGCCCACCUGAUCCCAGAGAAGGUGACACACACCAUCAGCCUCUCUCAGCCUGCCACGCUUGUUGCCAAGAUCAAGCACAGGAAGAAUGCAGACAUCUUGUGGAAAAUGAAUGGCACCUACUGCGGCACCAUGGAUCAGGGAGAGGUGAAGGAGAGCCGUUCCACUCUGACGCUGCCAUCUGUUAGCAUGGCGGAUCACGGGAUUUAUAGCGCCACAUUCAUGGGGGACAGCCCCUUGUCAAGCGCCUUCUUCAGGUUGAUUGUGCGAGGUUGUGCAGACAAGAAAUGGGGCUCUUUUUGUGACAAGGACUGUCCUGAUUGCCUGAAUGGAGGCAUCUGCCACCACAUUGUGGGCGAAUGCAUCUGUCCACCAGGUUUCAUGGGCACCCGCUGUGAAAAAGCUUGUCGGGAAGGCAGGUUUGGGCGAAACUGCCAGGAGAAGUGCCCGAAUGAGCAGGGCUGCAGAGGGUUGGCCUUCUGCCUGCCUGACCCAUAUGGCUGUUCUUGUGCCUCUGGUUGGAGUGAUCUGCAGUGUAGUUCAGCUUGUUCCCCUGGGUGGUAUGGUCCUGACUGUGCCCUGGAGUGCCGCUGCCAGAAUGGAGGCACCUGUAACCGAUUCAGUGGCUGUAUUUGCCCAUCUGGCUGGCAUGGGCAGCACUGUGAAAAGUCAGACCGGAUACCCCAGAUCAUCAACUUGACCUCGUACUUGGAGUACAACCUUGGCUCCCAGCCUGUAGUGGCCUGCACUGCAACAGGGAACCCACCCCCUGUGCAUGACAGCAUUGAACUGCGCAAGGCCGAUGGAACAGUGAUCAUGCAUAGGAAAGCCAUCAUGGAAAAGGACACAACUACCUUUGAAUUUCAAAUGCCCGCACUGGUCCUCUCUGACACCAGCUUCUGGGAAUGUCGUGUCUCGACCACAGGGGGGCAAGAUAGUGGCAAGUUCAAGGUCAAUGUGAAAGUGCCUCCUGUGCCACUAAGCCCGCCCAGACUUCUGGCUAAGCAGAGUCGACAACUUGUCAUAGCCCCUGUGGGAGAUUUCUCAGGUGAUGGGCCCAUCAUCUCCAUCAAAGUUCUGUACAAACCCCAAACAGGCACUUCUCCCUGGUCAUCCAUUGUAGUUGACAAUGCCCAGAACAUCACCCUGAUGAACUUGCGACCUGCCACGGCUUAUCUUGUUAAGGUGCAGCUUACACGCCCUGGAGAGGGAGGGGAAGGGGUCCCUGGCCCCCAGGCUAUCAUGCUAACAGAGUGCCAAGAGCCAACAGCCAAGCCUGUGAUUGAAGGCUCCUUUGUUGAGGAGACCAACAAUCUCCGUGUGACCUGGAAGCUGCCCAGUGGUGAUACUCUGGGUUCUGGAUUCCUUGUCCGGCUCUAUGACACAGCCAAAGAGCUUGUGUAUCAGGAGAACAUCACCUCCAUGACUGUGCAGUCUGCGUACAUCCCAAACUCCAAGUUCCAAAAGGACUACAGCUUGAGUGUGCUGGUCUACCACUGUACCAGCCUGGGACCACCAUCUGACCUCCACAAGAUCAAGAUCAACAGCAAAGGCCCCUCUUCCCCACGGUCUCUCUCAGUGGAGCCCCUCGCUGACAACACCAUCAGGCUCACCUGGCUGGCCCCUGAAUACCCCAAUGGUGGCAUCAGCAAGUACACUGUGGCGGUACAGCCGCUGGGGGGUGCCAGUGGGCCACAGUGGGUAGACACGGACAAUGGUUGGGAUACCACCAAGAUCAUCACGGGGCUCAACGCCAGCACAUCCUACCAGUUCCGGGUGCGAGCCAACUCUUAUGUACCAGGCGAGUGGAGCAUGCCUGUGAGAGCUGAGAUCCUGGGCAAUGGAGCCCCAAGCCAAGUGCCCACACUGAAAAGCAGGAACUUGGCUCCAUCCAGCAUGGACCAACAGUUGCUGUUGGCCAUUGUGGGUUCUGUCUCUGUUACCUGCCUGACCAUCUUGUUUGCCCUCCUGGCCCUCUUCCUCAUCAAGAAGAAUUUCUUCCACCGGCGCCGCACAUUCACCUACCAGUCAGGCUCCGUGAGUGAUGUUGUCCCCACCGAUCUUGGAUCCCCACCCUCCAAAUGCCCACCCUUCAGCAUGCUAAUGCUAUCAGGCGGUGCAUUUGUUGGGACUGCUGCCAACCACUCUCCACAAAUGCUUUUCCAGGGGGAAGAGACCAUCUUGCAGUUCAACUCGGGCACACUGACCCUGACGCGCCGGCCCAAACCACAGCCUGAGCCACUCAGCUAUCCUAUCCUGGAAUGGGAAGACAUCAAGUUUGAAGACAUGAUAGGGGAAGGAAACUUUGGGCAAGUCAUCCGGGCCAUGAUCAAGAAAGAUGGUCUGAGAAUGAAUGCAGCCAUCAAGAUGCUGAAAGAAUUUGCCUCUGAAAAUGACCACCGAGACUUUGCUGGAGAGCUGGAAGUUCUUUGCAAGCUGGGCCAUCAUCCCAAUAUCAUCAAUUUGCUGGGAGCCUGCGAGAACAAGGGAUACCUGUACAUCGCGAUUGAAUAUGCCCCUUAUGGAAACUUGUUAGAUUUUCUGCGCAAGAGCCGAGUCCUGGAGACAGAUCCUGCCUUUGCCAGAGAGCAUGGAACAGCUUCAACCCUCACAUCCCAGCAGCUCUUGCAGUUUGCUUCUGACGUGGCCAAAGGCAUGCAGUAUUUGAGCGAGAAACAGUUCAUUCACAGAGACCUGGCUGCGAGGAAUAUCUUGGUGGGGGAAAACUUAACUUCCAAGAUUGCUGACUUUGGCUUGUCCCGUGGAGAGGAAGUCUAUGUAAAGAAGACAAUGGGACGCUUGCCAGUUCGUUGGAUGGCCAUUGAGUCCUUGAAUUACAGUGUCUACACAACCAAGAGUGAUGUGUGGUCUUUUGGGGUCCUUUUGUGGGAAAUUGUCAGCCUGGGAGGGACACCGUACUGUGGCAUGACAUGUGCCGAACUCUAUGAAAAACUGCCCCAAGGAUACCGCAUGGAGAAGCCCCUCAACUGUGAUGAUGAAGUGUAUGAGUUAAUGCGGCAGUGCUGGCGGGACCGGCCAUAUGAACGUCCACCCUUUGCUCAGAUCUCAGUGCAGCUUAUCCGCAUGCUGGAAGCAAGGAAGGCCUAUGUGAACAUGGCUUUGUUUGAGAAUUUCACCUAUGCUGGAAUUGAUGCCACAGCUGAGGAGGCAUGAAGGACCUGAGCAAGGACCGGCUCUACCUCUGGGCACACACAGGACACAUGGAAUAGGAGCCUCCUGCACACACGCCCCAUGGCCACGUCACCACUUGCAUGCAGACUGUGAUGGGUGCUGGUCUAAAGGAAACUGCAUGGACCCAGAUUUCAUGCCCGCCACUUCUUCCCUGACCACACAGGCUCAAAAGUGCAUUCCAUGACUCUGCCAUUACUAAAAGCAGACAGCAGUUUGCAGAGAUGUGCUCGGCUAUAAACAACGCCAGAGGCUUAGCUUGUAUUCCUGCUCAGUAGAACUAUAUAGCCCAAAUGGCCAUUUCCACACACUGAGCACACAGUGCGCGGGGAGUGCUCAAGCUGCCUUCCAGCCUGCUUCCAAGAGCAGGUGGCAGGCGCAUGGAUGGAAGGAAUGGUCUUGGCAUGAGGAGAGAAGCAGUGCAUGGUGAAAUCAAGGGGGCAGGAACAGGAGACCUUCUUUCUGUGCAUGGAUGUGCACACCCUGCAGCCUCGAUCCUCUGCCCCAUGAGAAGGAUCAGGGCAGAUCUUGGCCAGAGGUGACCUAAGGGGGAAAAGGCUACUAGCUCUUCCUUUUGCACACACACCCUUUCUGUGGGAGGGAGCAGGAAUGUGGGCUGGGUAGCAAUUCACAGAGCCCAGCUGCUGGGCAGGAGGAGCGUAUGAGUUCACACUGAUGCUUUUCAUGGGACUUGCUGCUGGAAAACUGGGGAGGGGCUUGAGUGGAAAUAGGAAGGCCAAGGAAGGGAGUGAUGCUGUUUUCACCCUUGCAAGUUCUUGCUCUGCUGCAGCAGGAUUUUGCUCGGAAGUGAAUCUGCCCCAUAGGACACACUCUGUGGAACACUCAGGCAGGUAUAGAGAGGUGCAAAAGGUGCAGCGCAUGCCUGUGGAUGCCUCUGGCAAUUUUAUACUCCCUCUGUGUUGGAUUUAUACAAAAUAAAGGAUGUGUAAAAAUUGAA